UAAGAAAUACAAGUUCCGCGGGGGUGGAACCGCCGCUUGCGCUUCAGAAGUUCGUGGUUUCACCGCCCCAUUUGAGCUGACGCCAAAGCCGCGGAACGCCUCUCCACCAAAGCUCUCACCACCGCGCCGCCUCUUCCCUGGAGUGGUGAAGCAACUCCAUGCGACCGGGGACCGCCUCACCGGGCACCGACCGAGCGGGCGUGCGGCCCUUGGGGCGGGGUUCCGGAGGUGGAGCCACCCAGCAAAUCCGAAGGCGGCCGCGGCCGAGCUCCGCGCCGGCGCAGCGUCUGGGGAGCCCGGAUGCCACCUGCGGCCGCAAGGUCUCCACUCCAACACCCAGCUCCAAGACUUCCAAGCGGCCGACCUCGGCCUGCGGCGUGUGCGGCAGGCCUGCAGCCAAGAAAGGUUUGGAUCUGCCCCUUGAAUGGAUGAGGAUCUACCGGGAGCCCAGUAACCCAAAGCUGGGCUGGUGCCAGAAGAGCCAAAAAGGUGAGAAGAAAGAUGGGGAGAAAGGGCGCCCGGACGCGGAGAACGCCCCGAAGUUCCGCUCCAGCCUGGGGAGGCGCAGCUCGCGCAUCUUCCAGACACAAUCUGAGGUCGACUGGCUGGUGGAGGCGUGGCAGAAAAGGGUGCUGGCCUGUGGGCGGAGCCUUCGCUUGAGGCAGAAGUCUUUGGUCAACUUCGUGGACCAGGUUUUGGCUGCUGGCGUCAGCUCGCCCAAAGGCAGCGGCCUUUCCGACACGUUGAAGUUCGAGGAGGACCUCGACCUCGAGGACUUUGGAGGUCCUUCGCUCGUCCACGCGCCGAUCACCGCCUCGCGGGGCUCCGUGCGGUCCGUCCGCGCGUCCAUCCUCAAGCCUGCCUGCCCACAAGAGGCGGAGAAGGCCCGGAGGGAGAUGGAGAAGCGAAGUGCACGACCCGGCAUCGAUUGGGGGGGUGGACGAAGCCCACUCCAUGGUCUCCACGUCAUAUGAUAU